GCUAGACUGCAGGCAGCAUGGCACCCAAAAAGAAAGGGAAGAAAGGCAAAGCCAAAGGCAAUUCGGUUGUUGAUGGGCUCGCACCAGAGGACAUGACGAAGGAGCAGGGUACCUCAUUUGAUGCCCUGUGCCUGGUCAGGUAGAGGAACAUGUUGCCCGCAUCCGGGAGGAGCUGGACCGAGAGCGAGAGGAGCGCAACUACUUCCAGCUAGAGCGCGACAAAAUCCACACCUUCUGGGAGAUCACAAGAAGGCAACUGGAGGAAAAGAAGGCUGAGCUUCGAAAUAAAGACCGUGAGAUGGAGGAGGCAGAGGAAAGGCACCAAGUGGAGAUCAAGGUGUACAAACAGAAAGUAAAGCACCUAUUGUAUGAGCACCAGAACAACCUGGCGGAGGUGAAGGCUGAGGGUACCGUAGUCAUGAAGCUGGCCCAGAAGGAGCAUCGCACACAGGAGGGCGCCCUGCGCAAGGACAUGCGGGUGCUGAAAGUGGAGCUCAAGGAGCAGGAGUUGGCUAACGAGGUGGUGAUAAAGAACCUUCGUCUGAAACAUGCUGAGGAGAUCACCAAGAUGCGAAAUGACUUUGAAAGGCAAGUUCGAGAAAUUGAGGCCAAGUAUGAUAAGAAAAUGAAGAUGUUGAGAGAUGAGCUUGACCUUCGAAGAAAGACUGAGAUCCAUGAGGUGGAGGAGAGGAAGAAUGGCCAGAUCAGUACGCUGAUGCAGCGUCAUGAGGAGGCCUUCACUGAUAUCAAGAACUACUACAAUGACAUCACUCUUAACAACCUGGCACUAAUCAAUUCCCUCAAGGAACAGAUGGAGGACAUGCGGAAGAAAGAGGAGCACCUGGAGAGGGAGAUGGCAGAGGUGUCUCUGCAGAACAAGCGGCUGGCAGACCCUCUGCAGAGAGCGAAAGAUGAGAUGAAUGAGAUGCAGAAGAGGAUUGGAAACUAUGAACGGGACAAGCAGAUCCUGGUUUGUACAAAGGCACGUUUAAAGGUUGCCGAGAAGGAGCUGAAAGACCUGCAGUGGGAGCAUGAGGUACUGGAGCAGCGGUUCAUCAAGGUACAGCAGGAGAGAGACGAGCUCUACCGUAAGUUCACUGCAGCCAUCCAGGAGGUGCAACAAAAGACAGGCUUCAAGAACCUAGUGUUGGAGCGUAAACUGCAGGCACUGAAUGCUGCUGUGGAGAAGAGAGAGGUGCAGUUCAACGAGGUGCUGGCAGCCUCCAACUUGGAUCCUGCAGCACUAACGCUUGUGUCCCGCAAACUUGAGGAUGUUCUAGAAUCAAAGAAUACCACCAUCAAGGACUUACAGUAUGAGCUGGCCCGGGUCUGCAAGGCCCACAAUGACCUGUUGCGUACAUAUGAGGCGAAGUUAUUGGCCUUUGGGAUCCCCCUGGACAAUGUGGGAUUCAAGCCCCUGGAGACAGCAGUGAUUGGACAGACACUGGGACAGGGCCCUGCCGGACUUGUGGGUGCCCCUACAUAGCCACCGUCUGGGGGCUUUUGCCUUUAGACCUUGCCUGCCCUACUUUGCAAAUGAUACCUAUUCUACUCCACAAACAGCAAGUU